AUGACUGGCCCAGUGGCUGAACCCAAGCCUCUCGCAACCCCCAUCUCCGUACCUAUCGCUGAACCCAUGUCCGAGUCUGUGCGCCUCAACGCACUCGAGGACAUGCACCUCGCCCUCCUGAACCCGGGCCACGACCACCUCAUCACGGCCCACCUCGCACGCGUACACGCGACAGGCCGCCGCUCCAAGGUCCUGGACGUUGGGAUUGGUACCGGCACAUGGGCAAUCCUGCUGGCGCGUCACCACCCGUAUGCCGACGUUGUUGGGAUCGAUAUCUCGUGGGCUGCGUUUCAGUCGCCCGUCGAGCUCCCGCAUGAAAAUCUCGACUUUUACACUGUCGACCUCAUCCACGUCAAAUCCAUGGUCAUGGAUAUCCCGCAUUACCCGCAGCUCGUGCAGCGCCUCUCGCGCGUCCUUAGGCCCGGAGGCGUGCUCAUCCUCGUCGAGAGCGAGCUGUCCUACGUCUCGGCGCGUGGCCCCCCGUCCGACAGCGUCGGUAUCUGGUCGGAAGCGCUACGGCGCGCUCUCGCAGCGAAGAACACCGACGCCGACAUUCCGCGCCGCCUCGACAGGGCCAUCGCUGCUACGGGUAUGUUCUGCCCCCAGUUCUACUUCCAGGAGAUCGGCUGCCCCGUCGGCGGGUACAUGACCGGUGGCUCCAAAGCUCUCCAAAAGGCUGGUGCCAUCCAGGCCACCGUUGUUCGCGCGUCCUUGUGGCGUAUCGUCUCCUCUCGUCUCGACGACGGGCCGGAGCGCCAGCAACUCGAGGCCACACUCGACGCGUGCGCUAACGAGCUCUGUUCACCUACGUCACGCUAUCUCCAACGCCUCUUCGCUGUGUACGCGUACAAGCGCUCGUCUUGGUCCGACCACUUCCUUCAAUAG